AUGUGCACCAACCAAACCCCCCUUCCUUCUUUCCCUUCCCCGUACCGUCUCUCUCCACCACGGCACCACAGACAGAUCGCUCGCGGCCGCGCAAAACCCUCCCCCCUCUCCACUCCAGUCUCCGCCCCCAGAAGCAAAAUGCUCCGACGCGUCGCCGGCGCCGUCGCGGCGCCCCUCCGACGCUCCCUCUGCACGGCGGCCUCGCGCUCGCACCCUCCCUGGGCCCUCACCUACAGGAUGGCGCCGCUGGGCGCGCCGUCGCCGGGCGCGCGCCCGUCCUUGGACCUCCACCAGCCCCCCCGCGUCUCCCAGCUCUCCGUCCCCGCCCACCUGGCCGACGGCAUGGACUUGGCCGCCGUAAGCAUCCAGGCCGCCAGCUGUGACGGCCUCCUCCUCCUCGACUUCGCCGGCACCCUCCGCGGUGACCGCGACUACGGCGACAGCCUGCCCGCAGUGGCCGCUUUUGCCGCCGCCUACGAACCGGGCGUCAGGCGCUUCGUCUGCAACCCCCUCAGCGGCGAGCUGUUCCGCCUCCCGCUCCCCAACAUGGACGCCGAGAAGAUAACCAUGCCCUUCGGCCUGCUCACCCAAUCCGACGCCUCCCACGGCCCGCCUGACAGGUUCGUGGUCGCCCAACUCUGCCUCCGGGAAAGGGACGGCCAAAGGGUCGUGCGCCGAUUUCUGUCCGAAACAGGGGAGUGGGACGAGCCGCCGCUGUUCGUCCCGGCCGAGGCCCCGGGUUGGCGCGCCAUGCCCCUCCACGAGGUGGUGGCGUUCGGGGACCGGCUGUGGUGGCUCGAGCCUUACUUUGGCGUCUUCUCUGUCGACCCAUUCAGUGACCGGCCGGAGCACGGCUUCGUCGCGCUGCCGCGCCCGCUGCCCAACUUCGACAUGGAGGUGCAGCCAGAACUGUACCGGCUCUUGGGUGUCAGCGAGGGGAAACUGCGCUAUGUCGAAUUGACCAUCAAAGAGCCGUUUAUGCUCUACUCCUUCUCGCUCGACGAUGAGGGAUCCUCCUGGAAGCUAACACAUGAGAUGAGAAUGCACCUGGUGUUGCCUGACAAGUCUACACCACGGUUAGACCAACUGCCGUGGAUUUCUGCAAUUGAUCCAUUCAAUGCCAACAUAUUGUACUUCCAACAUGGUGAAAUUAUUAGUGCCCUCGACUUGGCUGAGGGGGAAAGGAUUGGGAGGAGUGCUUUUCCACGCGACAUCAAAUCUCUGUACCACGGCUUUGUGCCCCUAGUACUCCCACCAUGGCUCCCCAGCGCAGCUGAAGGAACACUUUCGAGCAAGACAACCAAUUGCACAAGCAAGACUUUGGCAGACAUACUGGUUCGUGUUGACAAAGACCGGAGAAAUUGA